UUAGCCAGUACUAAUUUGAACUAGUUAGGAAUAAGACUUACAAAAUGAUAUUAAUUAUAACCAUUUUCGUUUGUGUAUUUGUGACUGUUAUAUACUAUUUUAAUGUGAACAAAAAUUAUUGGAAAAUUAGAAAUGUGGUGCAAGUGAACUACGCUGCAUGGGACUUUUUACUUGGAAAGUGUUCGUUGCCAGAAGUUUAUAGAAAUAUUUAUAACGCGUAUCCAAAUGAAAACUAUGUUGGGAUGUUCUUCAAUUCAAAACCUGUACUUGUUUUGAAAAAUUUGGAAGAUAUUCGAGCUGUUUUGAAAGAUUCACACUGCUUUCACUCCCGUGGUUAUUAUGUAAAUGAUAAAGAAGACUUGAUAGAUAACUUACUUUUAAUGAAUGAUUAUCAACGCUGGAAGCUGGUCAGACAGAAUAUUACACCAGUUUUCACUAUUAAAAAGUUGAAAAGUAUGUCGCAUUCAAUAUACCAAUGUUCGGACAGUUUGAUUGAUUAUAUAAAGAAUUAUCAAAGCGAGAAAAAUAAGAGUGUAUAUGAAAAAUUUAAUUUUGUUGCUAUUGGAUCAUCAAUAUUUGGAUUAGACUUUAUAACAAAAAAUGCAUUACAAUCGCCAAUCGUAAAUGCGCUUUGUAAACCACUCCCAUUUUUUCAUCGAUGUUUAUUUUCAUUAAAACUGAUUAUUAGCAUCCAAUUUCCAAUACUGCUUAAGGUUCUAAAUAUAAAAAUAUUUGAUGAUUACAAAAAUCUUAUAUUGGAAGUUAUACAAAAAGUCAGUAAAUGUCGUCAACAGACGCCUGGAAAAAGGGACGACUAUAUAGAUAUGUAUAUGGAAAUACAAAGUGAUGAAUCGAUUCAAGAUGCAUCAGGUUAUAAAGUAAAUAUUGAUCAGUUUGUGGCUUCCCAAGCAUUUUCGUUUUUUGUGGCCGGCGUCGAAACGACAGCAAGCGCUGUCGAUUAUACAUUAUUGGAAUUAGCAAACAACAAACACAUUUUGCAGAAGGUUCAUAAGGAAAUUGACGAAAUAUUUCAUAAAUAUAAGGAACUUAACUACAACAAUGUCGAAUCUAUGGAAUACCUAGACAUGGUUCUCAGUGAAGCUUUGAGGAAAUAUCCUCCGAUUGGAUCUAUGCAACGAAUGGCAACUGAAGAUGCAAUUUUGCCAUCAAAUUUAAAAGUUAACAAAGGUAUUUAUGUCAUUAUUCCGAUAUACGCGUUGCAUAUGGAUUCCAAAUAUUUCGAGGAGCCAGACAAAUUCGACCCAGAAAGAUUUUCUUCGGACAACAUUAAUAAAAUUAAAAAGUACACUUAUUUGCCAUUUAGUGAAGGAAAUCGUAUCUGUAUUGGUGCAAAGUACGCGCGGCUUCAUAUGAAAAUUAUGCUCGCUGUUCUGUUGCGAGAAUUCACUUUAAAAAGUUGUAUGUAUAGGGUUACAACAUUCGAGCCUAAUUUAUUUACGCUAAGCAAUUCAAGUGUACAAUAUGAGUUGAUUCCCAGGCACAAAAGAGUAUAAAAAUGAUAUAAGAGAAAAAUAGAAUUAUGGUGUAUAAAAAAACCAAAUUCAUUAACUAUGUACAGUAUACACUUAAUAAACGUCAAUAGUGGAUGGUUCUUUAUAUUUUAAUAAAAUAACUAGAAAUCCAACUUUUCUAUGUAAACCAGUCCCAAGGCUUGGUCAAUUGGUCAUGGGAUGCCUUUACUCAAAUUAAUAAGAGACAAAAGUUAUCAAAUAAGAAAAUUGACGUAUAAUUCAGUUUGUGUGCCACCGAUUUUCUAUGUAAAGUUAUUAAUUGUUACCGUCCCACUGAGCCUAAAUAAGUUUCAUAUAUUCUCAGUUAAGUUUGACUUUGUAAUUAUAAAUGGCGAUGUCUGGUGAGGGGUGGAUCCUGGAGAUCAUGACCCCUUCUGGGGCCUGGACAUGGUAUCGCUUUAUAACCAUUUUUUUAUUGAUAUUAUAAUAAACGAGCUUUUUUAAGGCGGCAAAGGUAUAAAAUAAGAAAAUGUGAAUUGGUUGUUUGAAAUGUUAGAUGAAAAAGACAUGUACAAUACUAAAAGUUAUUACAUAUUUGACAUAAAAAUCUCAGUUUCAAGUUUCGCACUUUUAAGUACCUUCAUUUGACUUUAGGUUUUUAAAUAUAUGUGUGAUUUGUUUUUAAAAUGAUAUCUGAAUCAAAUGUUGGAAACUAUCUUUUUAUAAUAGUUUAUUAAAAAUUAUCAUUCCUUGAAAAAAAACGUCGAAUUAAAUUAUUGUUCUUACAUAAAAAGUCGAUAUUAUAACAGAAUUGUUUAAAUAUUUCUUCCAAUGCAUAUUCCAGGAAUUAAUAAGGAAUUGCAAGCGUAGCUGUAAAUAAUAACAAUAGGAGUCAACACUUGAUAUAACACAAAAAUAAACCAGACCCUUAUUUAUCUAAUAUGUGAAAAAUUCAAUAAAAA